CUGGGCCAAUGGCAAGUGGCGAGGCAGGGAAAGGGGGCCGAGCGAAGGGAGAAAAAGUGGAGAAAGGGAGAAAGAGAGCGAGAAAGCGCAGGCUGGGGGGGUUGUGUAAAAGAAGAAGCGUUGCUAAUUUUUUUUGUUUGUUUGCUUUUCCAUGCAUGCAUAAUGAAGCCUAAUCAGAGCACGUUGCUGCUGCUCGGAGGGCACUUUUGUAUUUAAAGCCUUGCAGAGAAAAAAAGAUCCACAGAAGGAUCCACAGAGCAGCUUGCAGGGCUUGUUGACAACAGAAGCAGCAUCAGUCGUCCAGAGAGAAAGAGACCGCGAAGGCUGCUUCUUCUCCUUUCCCCGUGCACUCGUCUUGGUAGCGGGGAAAGACAUCUCUUCUCCGCGCCACCCGAAAGCGUGAUGCGUACCGAGAGGGAGUCAGCGGAGCCGGGACUGUGAACGGGAUCGGAGCGGCUGGCAUGUGCAGAGAUGCUGCGAGCGGAGAGUUAAAAGCUCCCGAGAAGGCAGCAGCAGCAGCAGCUGGGCAUUUAUUUUGUGGGGAAAGAAAAGAAGAAAAAAGAAGAGAGAGAGAGAGAGAGAGAGACGGAACUGCAUGAGGAGCAGUACAGCACCAUGAGCUCUCCCGGCGCAGCCUGCGAUUCCCCGAGCGUACUACGGAUCCACUGCCGUCCGAGCCCCUGUUUGCACUGACUGCCCGCACCUCUCCAGGCGCCUUCGCCGCCGCCUCGCCGAGCCCGGAGCAGAGGCUGGGGGACUCGGGAAGGCCCCCGGGCGCCUGCUUCGUACCGCGGCCCCGCCGACUUCAGCUCCCGGGGGCUGGAGAGCCCCUGGCCCGGCGCGCAUGGAUUGAUGCGAGGAGACCUCAUGCACACGGCAGGCGGGAGUUUUGGAAACUUUUACACGGGCGGCAGCUCCUUCUCCUCCUCGUCCUCCUCGUCUACCGGCGCCUCUUCCCAGCUCGCCCGCGGCUGCAGCCACUAUUCCCGUCCGCGAUGGUGGCCCGCUCGCCCGCUCGGCACGGAGGCGGCGGCCGGCGCUGGCCGCGGGCGGCCGCCUGGCUGUGGUUGGCGGCGGCGCUGGGCGCCGUGUGGCCGCCUCGGGGCUCUCUGGUGCAGGGCCGGCGGCUGAUCUGCUGGCAGGCGGUGCUGCAGUGUCAGGGGGAGCCCGAGUGCAGCUACGCGUACAACCAGUACGCCGAGGCGUGCGCCCCGGUGCUCCUGCAGCAGCAGCCGCCGGCGGCGGGCGGCGGGGACGGCCAGGCGGGCGCUGGAGGCGCGGCCGCCUCGUCCAAGCGGCGGUGCCCCAGCCACUGCAUCGCGGCGCUCAUCCAGCUGAACCACACGCGGCGUGGCCCGGCGCUGGAGGACUGCGACUGCGCGCAGGACGAGAACUGCCGCGCCACCAAGCGCGCCAUCGAGCCUUGCCUGCCCCGCACCAGCAGCCCCGCGGGCGGCGGCCCCGGCCCCGGCGGCCCCGGCGUCAUGGGCUGCACGGAGGCGCGGCGGGGCUGCGACUGGGGCAGCCGCUGCAGCCUGGCGCUGAACCGCUACAUGACCUACUGCGGGAAGCUGUUCAACGGGCUGCGCUGCACGCCCGAGUGCCGCGCCGUCAUCGAGGACAUGCUGGCCGUGCCCAAGGCCGUGCUGCUCAACGACUGCGUCUGCGACGGGCUGGAGCGGCCCAUCUGCGAGUCGGUCAAGGAGAACAUGGCCCGCCUCUGCUUCGGCGCCGACAUGGGCGGCAACGGUGCGGGCAGCAGCGGCGGCUCGGACGGCGGCCUGGAGGAGUACUACUACGAGGACUACGAGGAGGAGCCGAGCCAGAAGGGGAGGGACGACGCGGAGGACAAUGCGGGCGCCGAGCCCGGCUUCCCUGUGCAGGCAGAUAACGCCGGCCGGCCCGCCGGCGCGGUCGGGGCGCUGCUCGCCUCCAUCUUGGUGCCGCUACUGCCGCGGCUCUAGCAUCCCCUCCCUUCCCGCACCUCUCCGUGCCUGCUUCCCAUCAUUCUCCGUGCCUGCUUCCCAUCAUUGCCUCCUUCCAUCACUGCCUCCUGCCCCAUCCCUUUCCCCUUUGCCGGGCCGGGCAGGGCCGGGCCAGGCCCCCCGCGCCGAGCCGCCGCGGACCUCUAGUCGAGCCCUCCCGCGGCGGCCGGGGAUCCGGCCGGCGGGGCCCCUCGGCGCGGAGCGGCUUUAGACGCUCUGGCCGCGGUUUUCCCGACCCAUCGUCCUGGCUUCCCGUCCCUUCGCGUCUCCCCCUGUGCCUCCGCUGCUGCCUGCAGCCUCCAGCCGACCCCUUCCCCCGUCCCGGCGCUGCGAGCCGGCCGCUGGAGCGGUGGCCGGAGCGCAGGGGCCGCUCGUGUUUCGGGUGUUGGUCUCGAGUGUGCACUAUGCAAUUGCUGCCACCCUGCCUUCGUGUUACCAGCGAGCGGAGCGGCUGACAGAGACUGCGAGCGAGGCCGCCAGCCGCCCCUCGGGACAAACCGGGAGUCGUGGCAUGCUGGUUCUGGGGGUCUUUUAAGAGUUUUGACAUGAAGGUUAGUAAGAGGUGAGCAACCCAAACUUGCUGCCAAAGCGUUGCCGUACUAGUUAGUCAGCAACUUAUCAUUAGCCGCAUCUCGCUCGUCCUGAUGCAGUUGUGCCUGAAAGGGGCUUUCGCCGCAUCUGCUAUUAAAUUUAGGGAAAUAGCAGACUGAAUGCAUUCGGUGGUUUACAGCACUCCCUCUUGCACACCCAUAUUCCCUGUAACAAAAGCGUGCCAGCAGCCGUCUCUUACUCUGUAACCUAGCGACAUUAAAAAAAAAAAUAAAUUGUUUCUGAGUUGUUGGCUAUACUGAACAAUGCAACUUUUGUUUUAAAAGAGCUCUGCACUGCCAUCUUUGAAAGACACUUUUAAACUCGAGAACAUGUAUGUACAAAUAUCCUGAAAAGUUUUAUUGCCUCGUCGUAUCAGGGUGCUGACCUCUGGUAAAUCUUAUAUAAAAAAAAAGUAUUUAAAACUGGGAUUUGUUACCAGUCGCUCUUCAUUGUAUAUAGAAUUUUAUAAAUUGUAUGCUUUGGGGAUAAUUUAUUUAAAAAAAAUAAUAAAAAGUUUUAAUUUCACAUCCUAUUUGCCAGGUAGCUGCAUUUGCUAUUAGUUUCUGGAAAGGUACAGAUUUCACUUUAUGUUUAAAGGGAUACCAGCAACAGUGAUUAAGUGAAGUAUUGUCUAGACCAUCAAAUGUACAGUGUAUUUUACAGAUUGAAAGUUAACUUUCUUAUUUGGAGAGACUUUAUGAACGUUUUAGAAUUGUGUAAACGCAUUUCUGAGCUGCCUUAAACAUUGUAUUUUUUAUAGAAGGUGUAAAAAAGGCCUGUCUUUUAAAUAUGUAUGGCUUUUUUGUAUUUUCUGAACGUGUAAAUUAGUUAAGAAAGAGCUUUAAA